UCCUGUUGUACCCGGGCGGCAGCAGAAACUACAAGUCCCGGCAGCACAGUCUGUAGCGUUGUGUACCCGCCCAUAGGAGGCUGUGCGCAGCUUGUGCUGGUUGAGAGGGCGGCGGCGGGAGUCGUUACCAGCAGCAGCGGCGACGGCGGGACCCUAAGGACCUCGGGAGGGGUUUCAGUUGUGUGAGCGUUCAGAAUGGAUGACAAGCGGAUUUGGGAACACAUUGGCUGUAGCUUUGUACAACAUUAUUACCGGCUGUUUGACAGUGAUAGGCUACAAUUAAAAGCAAUUUAUACUGACGUUUCAUGUCUAACAUGGGAAGGACAGCAGUAUCAAGGCAAAGAUGCUAUUAUUGAGAAAUUAUCGAGUCUUCCCUUUCAGAAAAUACAACAUAGCAUCACUUCUCAAGAUCAUCAGCCAACACCUGACAACUGUAUAGUCAGUAUGGUUGUAGGUCAGCUUAAGGCGGAUGAUGACCCAGUUAUUGGAUUUCAUCAGCUGUUUCUACUAAAGAACGUUCAGGAUGUCUGGGUCUGUACAAAUGACAUGUUCCGGCUUUCCCUGCAUAAUUUUGGUUGAAUUGCCCCAGCUGAGAAGAGGAGAAUACUAUUCAUCUGUCCUUCUGAAUCAUUUAAUUCCCUUUUUUUGUUUUGUGUCUACAAAUGAUUCUCCAUAUCUACAGAACAUUGCAAAUGCCAUACACUGUUUAUAUCAACCGAAAAAGCCAUUACAACAGCAAGGAAGUAAUAAGCCUAAUGCCGUAUAGUUAUGUAAGCGGCUAAUAAUUGUGUACCAGCGCAAUGACUUUGGCGAUAAAUUUAUUUGUCUUUUGGAAUUGUUUGCAUUUAACAUAAUGUCAAACUUUUGCCUUUUGGAUUGGAUUGCUUUUUAUGUAAACUUGUUUAUCUAGUGAUCCAAAGGAAUUGGAAAUAAAAGAAAAAAAGGCACCAUC